GUGGAUGAACUGCGAUCACAAUUGGGAGCUCGAUUCGAAGUUGGUGGGGGGCCAGCUUCAUCGAACCCGCCGUUUUAGGAAGGGAUGACGAAUAUGUUGCAGGUCGUCGGGGAGCUGGAGGAUGGUCUCAUAGAUGGUCAUCAGGAGGAGACUCUGAAGCGGUGCUGCUAUGACAUCUUCGAGGAGGGGCAGGAUGUGUACGCAGCGCUGGAGGAGGAGUGGUACCUGCACUUAGAGACGAAAGAUGAGGAUAACACUGAUGCGAGCAUCAUCACCUGUGACGAGCUUGAGGAGGGCCGAGCUUGUGUGGAUGACGUCCUUGCUAUUGACAAACACGUCAACAACAACAACCAAAGCGUGCAGGCUUGUGGAGCAAACAUGGGGAUUGUGAGCAUGGGCGCACGCGACAAUGGCGACAACAACAAUGACAACACGCGACAAUAGCGGCAACAACGAUGACAACAACAAUAACAACAACAACACCAACGGCAACCACGAAGCAGAGAUCAUGGGCGCGUGCAACACCGCG